UGUGGGCAUUGUGUCAUCUCUAUUUCGCGCUGCAUCCCUAGUUGGUAGCUUCCAUUUUGCAAAAGUUUUUGCUCAACACGUGCUCGCCGCUUGAAUUUAAACGUUUAAACCUUCAAAUUCGUAAUUAUAAUGGCGGAAGAAUCAUUCUAUGGAGUCACCCUGACCGCAGAGGAGAACACCGAAACCUGGGACUUUGUCGAUGAGGAUUAUUCGCGCGGCCAAAAGCUCGUUAUCAAGCAAGUGCUGCUUGGUGCUGAGGCUAAGGAUAAUGAGUUCAAUGUAGUCGAGGUGACCACAGGCAAGGACUCGAUACAGAUACCGAUUGCUGUGCUCAAGGCCGGAGAGACGCGCGCCGUUAAUCCCGAUGUGGAGUUCUACGAGACAAAGGUGACAUUCAAGCUAAUCAAGGGCAGCGGACCUGUUUACAUUCACGGCCAGACCAUUAAGGAUGAUGUUGAGGUCGUCGACAUGGAGGAGGAGGACGAUGAGGAUGAGCCAGAGGAUGAGGAAAUCGAGAACCCAAAGAAGCGCGCCAAAAUUGAGCAGAAUGCCGAUGGCAAAAACGCCAAGAACCAGAAGAAGAAGUAAAGCAUCGAGACGUUUCUAAGCUAUAUUUGUAGAUUUUUAAAACUGUUUUAGGCCCUAUAUACACAAUAUAUAAUUACAUACUUUACAUACGAGAUAAACGAUGUAUAACUUGAAAAUGUACGUUUAGUUCCUCUUCUCAGAUCCUUAAAUGAAAACACCACAAUUUAACAACAAUCAAUAAUAAAACCUAAUGAUGAUGUAAUACAAACUACAUACUAUAUGCUACUAACUCUUUAACUUUUAAGUACUAUCUUUUUACAAACUAACUAAAACUGUGUAAAUCCCCCCAUGCAUUUUUGCAAACAGUUGAGACAACGCGUAUAAAUUGUAUAUAAGUACUUAUUACGAUACAAGUGUAACAGUCCCCAAACUUUCGACUAUAUUUUCACAGCUAGACCUUAGCCACACUUUCUGUUCACAUCAUUUCAUAAAUUGGAGUAUGAAACAAUAAAUUGUCGCCGGUAUACAAAAAUGAUAUAAAUAA